CGAUUCCAUCCCCCGAAGACGCCCCCUUCACCCUAACUAUGUUCUAAACACGACGUCGUUCCCUGUAGGACGCGAAUUUUCACAUCAACCGACAAAAUCAAGUAAUCAACUAUCUCUAUAAUUGCAUCGACAAGCUUGUACUCUACGCAUAUCAGUUGUACGUAGAUCUCCGUACUAUACAUAUACAGUUGCGCUUAUUUUCGGUAACCGUCCUUGAUCUCCCCCUCAUUCACACUCGCCCCCAAAACCGGUGGGGAUUUUGUCGAUGAGACCGGAACUACCGCACCGGACGCGUACAAUAGCAACAAGCCGUCUUCCAGCAUCAUCUCCGGCAACAGUUUCCGGUUACAUCUGUCUGUUCACCGGAGAAAUGCUGCGUGGCUACUUAUCGGAAUUUAAACCGCUCACCGUCCUCCACCGUGCUCGCACCGCCGCGCUGUUGUUCUUCUUGUUCGGUUUUUCUUAUCUCAUUCUCUAUAGAGCUAUUGAUACAUGCCAGAUCCGACUACCGGACUAUUUAGUUUCGUCUACGGAUGUGUUCUCUUCUGCACUAUCGUUCAACUCGUUGUCGGUUAGUGAUGAUACUAGCUUGGAAGCAGUUUUAAAGGCGGCUUCUAUGCAAGACAACACGGUUAUUUUAACAACUUUGAAUGAGGCUUGGGCUGACCCAAAUAAUUCAAUUUUGGAUCUCUUUCUGACAAGUUUUAGGCUUGGCUACCACACCAGUAGACUUUUGAAUCAUUUGGUGAUUAUUACUUUAGAUCAGAAGGCAUUUGCAAGUUGUAGAAGGGUGCAUACACAUUGCUUUGCUCUAACUACCGAGGGGGUUGAUUUCUCUCAAGAGGCCUAUUUUAUGACCCCUGAUUACUUGAAGAUGAUGUGGCGACGUAUUGAUUUCUUACGUUCUGUGCUUGAGAUGGGUUACAACUUUCUUUUUACGGAUGCUGAUGUCAUGUGGUUCAGGGAUCCCUUCCCACAUUUCUAUCCAGAUGCCGAUUUUCAGAUUGCAUGUGAUCAUUACUCUGGAAAUUCAACUGACGUCUCUAGCAAUAUACCCAAUGGAGGGUUUAAUUUUGUACGGUCAAAUAUCCGGUCAAUAGAGUUUUACAAGUACUGGUACACGUCAAGAGAAUUGUAUCCAAACAUGCAUGAUCAGGAUGUCCUUAAUAAAAUCAAAUUUGAUCCUAUACUUACAGACCUCAACUUGAAUUUAAGGUUUCUAGAUACUACAUAUUUUGGUGGAUUUUGUGAACCUAGUAAAGACAUGGAAAAAGUAUGUACAAUGCAUGCGAAUUGCUGUGUUGGUCUUGAAAACAAAGUUCAUGAUCUUAAUAUCAUGCUUCAAGAUUGGAAAAACUUCAUGGCUCUUCCUUCUAGUAUGAAGUCGUCUUCAAGCCCAACUUGGAGUCCUCCUAAAAACUGCAGUCUUGCUUUGCGUCGCCAUCUGGGUUUGUCUGAAGAUGAAGCAAUCAGUUAACAUUUUAUAUUUCAUGUUAGUUCUUCCAACCAGCCUCAAUCCCACUCGAGUAUUUCGUGUAGUAUUUUUUUGUAAAGAGUAGAAAUGAUAAGAUGGAAUGCUAGUUCCAUUGCAUUAUAGUGCAAUGAGAUAGGUGUAUUAUGUAAAACUAACUUAUGAAUAGUUGGUAUAUUAAUAGAGAUAUGUUAAGUUUUCAGUUUUGGGUUA